UGUAGGGUGCAGCGUCUGGGGAGUGGCUCUCCCCUCCCCCUCCCCCGGUUCGGUGGCGGCGGCUCCUCCCACCGGGGGGGUGGCGCGACAGCAGUGGCAUCUACGGCCAUGGCGGCGACUGCUGCUAACCCCGAAAUGACAUCAGAUGUACCAUCACUGGGUCCAGCCAUUGCCUCAGAAAACCCUGGGCCUGGGAUUCAAGGUGGAGGAGCCAUUGUCCACAGGGCUAUUAAGCGGCGACCAGGGUUGGAUUUUGAUGAUGAUGGAGAAGGGAACAGUAAAUUUUUGAGGUGUGAUGAUGAUCAGAUGUCUAAUGAUAAGGAGCGGUUUGCCAGGUCGGAUGAUGAGCAGAGCUCUGCGGAUAAAGAGAGACUUGCCAGGGAAAAUCACAGUGAAAUUGAACGGCGGCGACGGAACAAGAUGACAGCCUACAUCACAGAACUGUCAGACAUGGUGCCCACCUGUAGUGCCCUGGCUCGAAAACCAGACAAGCUAACCAUCUUACGCAUGGCAGUCUCUCACAUGAAGUCCUUGAGAGGAACUGGGAAUACAUCCACUGAUGGCACCUACAAGCCUUCGUUCCUCACUGAUCAGGAACUCAAACAUUUGAUCUUGGAGGCAGCUGAUGGCUUUCUGUUUAUUGUCUCAUGUGAGACAGGCCGGGUGGUUUAUGUCUCUGACUCAGUGACCCCAGUUUUGAAUCAGCCACAGUCUGAAUGGUUUGGUAGCACACUCUAUGAUCAGGUGCAUCCAGAUGAUGUGGACAAACUUCGUGAGCAGCUUUCCACCUCAGAAAAUGCCCUGACAGGGCGUAUCCUUGAUCUGAAGACUGGAACAGUGAAAAAAGAAGGUCAGCAGUCUUCCAUGAGGAUGUGUAUGGGCUCAAGGAGAUCAUUUAUUUGCCGUAUGAGGUGUGGUAAUAGUUCGGUGGACCCAGUCUCCAUGAAUAGAUUGAGCUUUGUGAGGAACAGAUGCCGGAAUGGACUUGGCACUGUGAAGGAUGGGGAACCUCACUUUGUGGUGGUCCACUGCACAGGCUACAUCAAGGCCUGGCCCCCAGCAGGUGUCUCCCUUCCAGAUGAUGAUCCAGAGGCUGGCCAGGGGAGCAAAUUUUGCCUAGUGGCCAUUGGCAGACUGCAGGUAACUAGUUCUCCCAACUGUACAGACAUGAGUAAUGUUUGUCAACCAACAGAGUUCAUCUCUCGGCACAACAUUGAGGGAAUCUUCACUUUUGUGGAUCACCGCUGUGUGGCUACUGUUGGCUACCAACCACAGGAACUCUUAGGAAAGAAUAUUGUAGAAUUCUGUCAUCCUGAAGACCAGCAGCUUCUAAGAGAUAGCUUCCAACAGGUGGUGAAGUUAAAAGGCCAGGUGCUGUCUGUCAUGUUCCGGUUCCGGUCUAAGAACCGAGAAUGGCUCUGGAUGAGAACCAGCUCCUUUACUUUCCAGAACCCUUACUCAGAUGAAAUUGAGUACAUCAUCUGUACCAACACCAAUGUGAAGAACUCCAGCCAGGAACCAAGGCCUACACUGUCCAACACAAUCCAGAGACCACAGCUAGGUCCCACAGCUAAUUUACCCCUGGAGAUGGGCUCAGGGCAGUUGGCAUCCAGACAACAGCAACAGCAAACAGAACUGGAUGUGGUAUCAGCAAGAGAUGGACUGGCUGGCUACAAUCAUUCCCAGGUUGUUCAGCCUGUGACAACCGCAGGGCCAGAACACAGCAAGCCCCUCGAGAAGACAGAUGGUUUAUUUGCCCAGGAUAGAGAUCCAAGAUUUUCAGAAAUCUACUCCAACAUCAAUGCGGAUCAGAGUAAAGGCAUCUCCUCCAGCACUGUCCCUGCCACCCAACAGCUAUUCUCACAGGGCAACACAUUCCCUCCUACCCCCCGGCCGGCAGAGAAUUUCAGAAAUAGUGGUCUGGCCCCUCCUGUAACCAUUGUCCAGCCAUCAGCUUCUGCAGGGCAGAUGUUGGCCCAGAUUUCCCGCCACUCCAAUCCCCCCCAGGGAGCAGCCCCAACUUGGACCCCUAGCACCCGUCCAGGCUUCUCUGCCCAGCAGGUGGCUACUCAGGCUACAGCCAAGACUCGUUCUUCCCAGUUUGGUGUGGGCAACUUUCAGACUCCGUCCUCCUUCAGCCCCAUGUCCCUUCCUGGUGCUUCUACUGCAUCACCUGGUGCUGCUGCCUACCCUAAUCUCACCAAUCGUGGAUCCAACUUUGCUCCUGAGACUGGACAGACUACAGGACAAUUCCAGACACGGACAGCAGAGGGUGUAGGUGUCUGGCCACAGUGGCAGGGCCAGCAGCCUCAUCAUCGGUCGAGUUCUAAUGAGCAACAUGUUCAACAGCCAUCAGCACAGCAACCUGGCCAGCCUGAGGUCUUCCAGGAGAUGCUGUCCAUGCUGGGAGACCAGAGCAACAGCUACAACAACGAAGAAUUCCCUGACCUAACUAUGUUUCCCUCCUUUUCAGAAUAGAACUAUUGGGGUGAGGAUAAGGGGUGGGGGAGAAAAAUCACUGUUUUUAAAAAGCAAAUCUUUUCUGUAAAGAGAAUAAAAGUCCCUCUCCCUUCCCUUCCCUCACCCCUAAUGUGUACCCCCUUCCCCUUUGGGCCUUUCCUUGCCCUUCUUCUGAGAUAACAUUUGUAGAAGAAAUGGGGCGAAUCCUGAAGGCUUUGGGGAUCCUUUGAAAACUGAGGCUGGGUGAAGUUAAGAAUGCCUUUCCUUAUGUCU